GGUCCAGGAGUAUUUUAAAAAGACUGAGCGGGGUUGAGGUCUGUUUGGAGGUUUGUUCAGGACAGCGGGAUCUGGACUCAGAGGGGAAACAGAACUGAACCCAGGAUGAGAUCUGUGGCGCUGCUAGUUUUGGCCUUCACGUCAGUGGUGGCAGUAGGACAGAGAAGUCAGUUCACACGCUACCGACAAUGGAACCCCCGGAUGUAUCCGGUUUGGCAGGACGGAGACCCAAGGUUCAGAAACUGUUGGUUUGGUGGUGAGGUGACCUUUGACCUUAAGAAUGAUGCGCCCACUCUGACAGGAGCCAGAUCAACGUUCACCAUCAACCUUAAUUUCCCACCAAACCAGACGGCGCUGCCCGACGGCGAGGUGGUGUGGGCACAAAACUGCACCGUCAACGGACGUCAGUACCAGGAGGGUCAGGCUGUGUACCCAGACCAGACCUCUGAGUGGACCGGAGUUUUCCCUGACGGCACGCCGUUCACCAGGACCCAGAACAGGAAGCCCCGCUACGUGUUUGUGUGGAAAACAUGGGGCCGGUACUGGCAGGUUGCAGACGGGCCGUCCUCCUCUCUCUCCAUCGGAACAGAAAAUGUCCCACUGGGCUCCUACAACAUGGAGGUCGUCAUCUAUCACUGCCGAGGAAGAGACAAGUUCGUCCCCCUCGGCUACGCCUCCACGGUCUUCACCAUCACAGAUCAGGUUCCGUUCCAGAUUUCACUUUCUCAAGUCAACGAUGUCAACCAGAACGACCAGAACUUCAUCCAGAACCAAGCCAUUGCCUUCGCCGUCACACUCCACGAUCCCAGCCAGUACCUGAACAGCGCAGACAUCAGCUUCAGCUGGGACUUCGGUGACAACAGUGGGACGCUCAUCUCUAGAGAGCGCACCGUCACACACACCUACCUCUCAGUGGGAACCUUCAAACCUCAGGUGGUCCUGAUGGCGAGCAUUCCCAACUCCUGUCAGAACCCUACAGCUGUUGCACCUGUUGAUGCCUCUGCGGCUCCAGCUGUGGUUGUCGUGGCCUCCACCCCUGCAGCUGCAUCACCUGAGGAAGAGGAGGGGAUCGCUCUGGAUGUUCCUGCCUCCGAUGCCACACCAGUCGCUGCUUCGGUGCAGCCCCCUGAGGAGGAACCCGUUGCCAUCAACACAGACACAGAGGCUGUAGAGGUUGCCUCAGUGGCUCCUGCAGGAGUGGAUGCAGCUGUUGUCCCAGCAGAGCAAGAUCCUGCCGACACAGCUGGAGAAGCAGCUGCUGCUGAAGAGACCGACGCUGCUGCGGCUGAAGAACCAGAGGCUGUUGAAACAGCUGCUGAAGAUGUGGCAGAUGCUGAAAACGUGCCUGUGGUUGAUGCUGCUGCCUCAGCUGCUCCUGCUGCAGAGGGUGAAGAAGCUGCAACUGAGGGGCUUGACGAUGCCGUCGUUGCCCCUGAGGCAGACGUAGCCGAAGAGCCGGAAGCUAAUGAUGCUUCUGUAGAAUCUGCCGAGGCUACGUCUGUCGUCACUGAGGUGGUCCAAGCUGAAACUGAAGCACCUGCAGGUGACGUUGUUGCUCUCGCUGCCACUGAGACGCCAGGAGAGGCAGCUCAAGCUGAUACCGAGACCGAAAACGCUACUGAAGCCGCCACAAGUGAAGACGACGCUGCUCCAGUUGAGGGUGAGGUUCAGGCUGAAGCAGAAGCAGCUCCAUCUCAGGCUGCCCUGGUUGUGGUCAAAAGACAGGCGCCGGAGCUCACGGCCGACUGCACCAUCUACCGCUACGGCUCCCUCGCUACAUCGGUGGAUGUUGUUCAGGGUAUUGAAAGUGUGGAGAUUGUUCAGGUGGCCAAUGUCGUGUCAGUGGCGACUGCGUUGGAUCAGAACGCAGUGGAUGUCACCAUCUCCUGUCAGGGAAGUCUGCCAAGUGAAGUGUGCACUGUCAUCUCUGAUGCCGACUGUGUCACACCGGUACAAACCAUCUGCAACGCAGCCUCGCCCUCUCCAGACUGUCAGAUGAUCCUUCGUCAGUUCUUCAACGAGACCGGAGUCUUCUGCCUCAACGUCUCACUGACCAAUGACGUCAGUCUGGCCAUGGCGAGCGCUAGAGUCAAUGUAGCAGUGGCCUCUGGUGGUUCACCAGCUGGAACUGCUGCGACUGUGCUGGGUGUUAUGGUCCUCGCUUGCGUUGUUUGUUGUUUGGGUUUGAUGUAUAGGCGGUUUAAGCAGUACCAGCCUCUGAGGGACGAGCACGCUGCCGAGGACGAGGGACGAUUCUUUGUAACGUCGGUGCCUUUGCUGCUGUGGAACCUGCUGAGUCGACAUUCACCAGGAGAAAGCCGUCCGCUUCUUCAGGGAAGAAUUGUUUAAAAAUAAGUAGUAAAAAUGUAAAACGUCUGCUAACAUAUCAACUUUAUAUAUAGAUGUAUGUAGUGGUUUCAUCACCGAGGGUCUUCACACCAUGUUCUACAUAUGGACAAAUCAGGAAUUGUUUCUGUAACACUAUAAAAUAAAUUGUCCUAUUAUAAUUGGUACAAAUAAUAGCAACCAUGAUAUAUGUUUGUGGCCUGUUUACACUAAACUUAAAGGUAUUUCAAUUUACCUUCCUUCAGGAUGAAGUUUCACAGAAAUAUAUUAGGUGUGUGACUUUGAAAUGAAUAAAUGGGCCUUUGUCUCCAUCA